AUGUAUAAUCAUGAACAAGAAAUAAACGAUAGCGACUCUGAAUUUAGUAAAAAUGAGCUUGAAGUGUAUUUUUUACAAAACCAUCAUAAUGAACAUUUGAUAGAUGGCUUUCUAGUAAAUUCCGAAUAUCCAGCUCAAGAAAGCGAUGAGGAAUCAGAUCCUCAAAAUAAUUUAUCUGUGAUACUAGCAGUUAAUACUGUUAAAAAUCGGAGGCAAAGCAGAGGACGACCACACGGAUCAAGAGCUAAUCGUGGUGGUAGAUCUAGUCAACAAAUUAGUCUACCAAACCCACCAGAACAAAUAGUAAAAUCAACAAAUAAAUACAGUGCUAUUCAAAAUUCAAAAGGUAAAGAAAUAAUUGCUACUUAUUUAA